AUGGACAUCGAAGAACGUGAAGCAUUAAAAACGUAUCUACUCGGUUUACGGCCCGAAAUAGCACAGAUGGUAAUAGCUAGCGAUCCAAAAAACCUGAACCUCGCUCAACAAUUGGCAGCCAACAAAGAACAAUGGUUACGAGAAUUAAGUCGUGUUGCUCACCGUCGGAAUCAGGCAAAAAAUCAAUCUAAUAACACCCCGUCCGUACCUAAACGAAGUGCUUCCGAUCGACAACCAAAAAGUUUUAGCCAACCGUCAGGAAAAAUCCCACCUCGAAUAUACCAAACAGCGGAGAGUCCAGAGGAAACAUUCCAAGAGUUAACUGUACCACCAUCGGAAGAUUAUUAUCAAUAG